AUGUCGGAACAAGAACAAGCUGCGGGCAAGAGAAAGCGUGCGAGGACCCAGUCGUGUCCUCCUCCGGAGCUCCCUCAGCUCGUCGCGGAGCAGCAUGUGGCCAUUCCUUCGCAUGACAAGGACACCCAGCGCCUGAUCGUGGUGCUCUCCAAUGCCAGUUUGGAAACCUACAAGGCUGUCUCCAGUGGCCGUAGUGGCACCAAGGAUGAGAAGUUCUCUCUGCUGAACAGCGAUGAGCACAUCGGCAUCAUGCGCAAGAUGAACCGUGAUAUCAGCGAAGCUCGCCCCGAUAUCACUCACCAGUGUUUACUGACCCUGCUUGAUUCUCCCGUCAACAAGGCCGGUCGUCUCCAGAUCUUCAUUCACACCGCCAAGGGUGUCUUGAUCGAGGUCAACCCCUCCGUCCGCAUCCCCCGUACCUUCAAGCGAUUCGCCGGUCUCAUGGUGCAGUUGCUUCACCGUCUCUCGAUCCGCUCCACCAACUCGCAGGAGAAGCUGCUCAAGGUCAUCAAGAACCCCAUCACCGAUCACCUGCCGCCCAACUGUCGCAAGGUCACUAUGAGUUUCGAGGCCCCCUUGGUGCGCACCCGGGACUACUUGGAGUCUCUGAAGCCCAAUGAGAGCGUCGCCAUCUUCGUCGGUGCCAUGGCCAAGGGCCACGAUGACUUUGCCGAUACCUUCAAGGAUGAGAGCAUCAGUAUCAGCAACUACAGUCUCAGUGCCAGUGUGGCGUGUAGUAAGUUCUGCCACGCGGCCGAAGAGGUUUGGGAUAUUCUGUGA